GGAUUGGAAUGACAUCGUGGAUGCCAUCAGAAACCACAUUAACCGCAGAUUCUAAACUCGAAAAAGUCACAUGCAUCUGAGUACUAGGAUUAGGUGGAGAGUGAAGCAAACUCUGCAGGACAGGCAAAAAGCUCCUUUUCCUCUUUGGCUCCUUUCCCCAUUUUCACAUGGAUGUUCAGAAUGGGUAUUUGACUUUCUGGCCUUCAGACUUUGUCUCCCAGCCGCAAAUGAUGACCCUUUUAAUUUACGCAGAGGUGUUAAGUAUUUGUGAAGAUCUGGUUGGCUGCCACGUUAUCUUCCUUUUGAAAGCAUGCCGAUUUGACAAUUGUAAAUUGGUUUGCAUUGCUUCCUUUUCUACAUCUCACCCAGAACUGCUUUUUCACACCCAAAUCUUCGAAAGAGACGCUUAGGUUGUUUGUAGCCUCUUGUGUCUGAAUAAGGACAGUUGCCUCAGAGACACUUCAGCUAAUGGCGACCUUGGUUUAUAAGAAAAGAACUUUUUCAGAAACUGAUUGUAUUGCCCUGAUCUGGCUUCAUGAGCAUCCUUAAUUGUUCCUGUGGAGUGGGAGAGAUCUUCAUUUCUUGCUCAAUGGGGCUUCCUUGAAGCAGUAUUUUUACCAUAGUCCCUCAAUGUCACGGUCCCAGAGUGUACAUCUCCGGAUAAUGGAGGAAUGAAAUGAGACCAUGUUGCAAUAAAUGUGUUAGAAGUAUUCAAUUUGUUCUUAUGCCCCAGAUCAAUAAAAAAAUCUUUGAGGCCCAGAAAGGAAUGGACAGUAUUGGCAGAAUACCAUUGAAAGAUAUACUGUUUAAAAAAACAAAAACAAACAAACCCCCAAAACUUAAAUCUGUCUUUUAUGAAAAUUAUAAUCCUUAAGUUGUCCAGAGUGAAGUGACAACUGCUUUUUUCUGUUGGAGAUAUUUCUGUGUUCCACAUCGUGUGGAAUAGUAUUGGAGAGAGGUGAAAUAAUGGCGGGUGUCCCAUAUUUCUCUGAUACACGUCCUUUGCUACCCAUGCAGAUUCCCACGUGGCUUCCGUGGGAAUGAUGAUUCCAUCCAGACUUGGGGACCAGAUAUCUGUUUGAUACGCCUUCUAGGUAAUGCUUAUCUAGGAGGUGAAGACAGCACAAAACUCAUGUGGCACCCACUUCGAUCCCCAGGUGUUCACAUAUGUUCUUUUAUUACAUCUUCCCACCAACUGUAUGAGACAGGAAUAUUUAGCCCCCAUUUUUAUAGUUAAAAUAAAAACUAAGAUUGCCUUAGCUUAAGGGAUUUAGAAUGAAUCACAUGGAGGUCUGCUUACGCUCUGCCUUCCACCAUCCCAGGAAGCCUCCAUAGCAUACAUUCCUCACAAACUCUUCCAUUUUUUAUACAUAUGGUUCACCUUUGCCUCUCACGCUCAAGUUAUGUAUCAUAUCCCCUGAUCUGAAUAUAGUUUCUUAAUUAUCCCUCAGGCUGGACUUCUUGAACAGGUGGUCUGCAUACUUUAUUUGCCUUUUCUUCUGAGAGCUUCAAACCUUCAUCAAUUGGGUAUCUUCUAUCUUCUCUGCGUCUUUGAUGGGCCACUUUGGUGUGCUGUGUCUGGCCAAAUUCAGGAGGAUGUGUUAUCUCUAAUGGAUUGUGUUUCAAAAAUUCUUUUCAUUCUGAAUAUAUUUUCACUGAGGUUCCUACUCAACCUUCUUGCCUGAAAGAAGUCUUCCCAGGGCUACAUCCCCACGUUCACUGUUGAAAUUAACCUCUCCUGUUUGUUGUAACUACAAUGGAUACCAGAACACAUCAGAAUUUCCAGGUGAACCCUUUAAGGGCUAAAAAAUAUAUAUAUUUCUUAUCAUACUCUGUUAAUUAUACUUCAAUAAAGAUGUAUUUGAAGUAUGCUUGAUGUAUGGCGCACAUGGAUGCAUUGGAUACUACAGCGCAUCAGGAAGAAACUAUUUCUGGCUCUAUAUCAGGAUGUCAGAAGUAUAGCAACCUUAUGUUUUUGUGGGAAAGGAGUCAAUAAACAAGGUACAAAUAAAUGAAAAAAAAAUCUUUCAGAUACAAGCCAAUGGCUUUAGGGUGUGCUAGAGAGGGAGCUUCUCUAGAGCAAGCAGGCCUUCUCUGAGGAAGUGGUUUUUGAACUGAGAUGUGAAUGAUGAGAAGCAGCCAUCAAGUGAAGAGCAGAAGGAAAAGCAUUCUAGGAGGAUGGAACAGCCAUUUCAAAGGCCCUGAGCGUGCUUGUUUGUGUUUUACUUCAGCACUUCCAAGUGAAGAAGCAGCGCCGCCCUUUGUCGUGGAUUAUUUCUGGCGGAGAGGCUCCAGCAGUUUCGCAGACGGACUCCCGGGCCUCUGGAACCCGUGCCACAUCCUUCACGUUCAGGAGCAGCGAGCCUUUGGGAAACAGAUUCCUACAAGUGGAGGUGGGCCAGCCAUGAGAGGGUACCUUGUGGCCAUAUUCCUGAGUGCUGUCUUUCUCUAUUAUGUGCUGCAUUGUAUAUUAUGGGGAACAAAUGCCUAUUGGGUGCCACCUGUGGAAAUGAAACAGAGAAAUAAGAUCCAGCCUUGUUUAUCGAAGCCAGCUUUUGCCUCUCUCCUGAGGUUUCAUCAGUUUCACCCUUUUCUGUGUGCAGCUGAUUUUAAAAAGAUUGCUUCCUUGUAUGGUGGCGAUAAGUUUGAUUUGCCCUAUGGGAUAAGAACAUCAGCGGAAUAUUUUCGACUUGCUCUUUCAAAACUACAGAGUUGUGAUCUCUUCGAUGAGUCUGACAACAGUGUGCCGUGUAAAAAGUGCGUGGUGGUUGGUAAUGGAGGAGUUUUGAAGAAUAAAACAUUAGGAGAAAAAAUUGACUCCUAUGAUGUAAUAAUAAGAAUGAAUAAUGGUCCUGUUUUAGGACAUGAAGAGGAAGUUGGGAGAAGGACAACCUUCCGACUUUUUUAUCCAGAAUCUGUUUUUUCAGAUCCCAAUCAAAAUGAUCCUAACACUACGGUGAUUCUCACUGCUUUUAAGCCGCUUGAUUUAAAGUGGCUGUGGGAAUUGUUGACAGGUGGCAAAAUAAACAUCAAUGGCUUUUGGAAGAAACCGGCCCUAAACUUGAUCUAUAAACCUUACCAAAUCAGAAUAUUAGAUCCUUUCAUUAUCAGAAUGGCAGCUUACGAACUGCUUCACUUCCCAAAAGUGUUUCCCAAAAAUCAGAAACCCAAGCACCCAACAACAGGAAUUAUUGCCAUCACGCUGGCCUUUCACAUAUGUCAUGAAGUUCACCUUGCUGGAUUUAAAUACAACUUUUCUGACCUCAAGAGUCCUUUGCACUAUUAUGGGAAUGCUACCAUGUCUUUGAUGAGUAAGAAUGCCUACCACAACGUGACAGCGGAGCAGCUCUUUUUGAAGGACAUUAUAGAAAAAAACUUUGUAAUCAACUUGACUGAAGACUGACCCUACAGACUCAGAAGAAGAUGAUGCUAACAGUAUUAGUUUAUUUUUAUACUGCAAUGUUUAGUUUAUUUUUAAAUAUGUUGGAUGCACUUGUCAAGGAAUUGUGUACAGUCUGUUGCCGCCUGGUGAUUCAUAACCACCAGCUUAAUUUCUGUGAAUAUAUUUAAUUUAUAAAAACCAAGAUAUGUUUAGUUAUCAGGGAAAUAAGUUUUGAAUGCAUUUUGAAACAACCUAGUUUUCUCAAGUGUUUUUAAACAUCUUUUUAUAGUUACUUCAUCUUAGACUUUUGAAGGGAUAGGACUUCCUAGUGAGGGGAUUGAGUCUACCACAACCAAUUCUGACUAUGACAUUUUGAGAGGCUUAUUUGUCCACUGUAAAUUGGUGGGGAAUGGAUGUGUAGUUGUGCCUUGAUAUGGCAAAAUGGAACCACUGUAGCCACGCAUCUAGAUGACUGUGAGGAAACAAUCUUAAAAGCAGCCAUGAAUACAGCAGUGGGUUUGGAAAUCUAAGAUCCUACUGGUUUCAUGAAGCUUUUUUGUCCUGUAAUUAAGUAAACUGAUUAUUAAGGAGUAAUUUCAUGGAAGGUGGGAUUUUGUUUUUAAGUUGAAGGAAAUAGACUGAACAUGAAACUCAGAAUAAGUAAAUAAGAAUGCAAUUACUAAAGUAUGGUGACUGUAUUAUUUUUAAGUUCAUAUAAAGAGGCCGAGCUGGCAAGCUCAAGGAAACAAUUGUUAAAUAAACAUCAUUUUCUGCCUUUUUUAAUAUACUGAAA